AUAUAUGGAAAUGCAAAAUAGGCACCGAAGCAUUCGAAUUACCGAGCUCAAGAGGAUGUUGGAAGGCUUAAAAUCUCUGAACUCAAGGCCUUUCGCAGCACCUAGAAGAAUCUUCACUCUUGUUAACCAAGGCAAGGCUCCACCAUACUCUGCAUUGCACCAAACAGUACUCAUAUUAUGGAGAAGAAAUCAUUACCAGCCACUCUCUAUGGCCUUGUCCACCUUCUCGUUUCAAAGCCUUAACAGCAACAGGCUGAUCUUUCAAACCAGUCUUGAGGCUAUCAUCAACGAAACCUUUGUAGACUUCCCCGAAACCUCCUUCACCGAGGAAAUUAUACUUUGA